AUGUCAAAUUUCAAUGUUAUAAUUGUCGGCGGUGGACUUGCAGGGCCGCUUCUGGCUAGCGGGUUGCUCCAAAAAGGUAUCAAGGUCGACGUCUAUGAGAGGCUCGAGGAGAAUGCAAAGCGCGAUGGAUACAACAUCCGAGUUGCGCAACCCUGUUUACAAGCUUUCGAAGAAUGUCUCGAUGCCAAGGCAAUUGAUCAGAUCAAACAAAGAAUGGGACGGUUCGAAGAUAACCAAGAGACUACGCCAAUCUGGUACGACUACAGGAUGAAACCAUUGCUCAACAUGUCACGGAUCAGCACAAAAUAUCACGAUUCAGCACCCAUGGACCGCGUAGUGCUCCGCAAUACAAUCAUCCAAAAACCACUCAGUCAAGGGAUUAUGCAUCAUGGAAAGGCAUUUUCCAGGUAUGAAAUUGUCAAGACAAAUAGUGGACAAGAGAAAGUUCGAGUUUGGUUCCAGGAUGACACCUCGGUAGACGGUGACAUCUUGAUAGCAGCGGAUGGCAGUCAUUCCACAAUCAACAAACAAGUCGGCUUAAAUCAUAUUCAGCAGUUGGACGCCAUCUCCUUCAUCGCCAAAGUCAAGUUGUCGAAAGAAAUGUUGGACAAGCUCCCAAAGCGUUGCCUCGUUUCCCCAAUCAUCACUUUCUCCCACCGCAAGACAUAUUUUGCUAUAGGCAACUUAUACAUCUCCGCCUUAACAAUUACUGACCAUAUCGAAGCCUAUCUCCCUGGAGCCCGUCAAGAAAAGGUUGAUCAAAAGAAGGGCAAGGAAGGUUUAGAUUUUGACAACCAGACUGCUUCUUUUACCUUUAACAUGUCGCUACCAACAGCUGACUGCCCUCCUGAUAUCGAGGAGCGAGACACAGACCAGAUAUGGCAAUUUCUCUCAGAAUCUAUCCCUGCUUGGCAUCAAGAUUUUCGGCAAAUCAUCGACGUAGUAAGAGGAGAGGACAUUCACACAUUCCGGCCUCAGGCUACUGUGAGGCCAUCCCUUGACUGGCGCAAGAAUGUCCGAUCGGCUAAGGAACCCCUUCCUGGACACCCACGAGUUUGGCUCAUGGGUGACGCCAUGCAUGCCAUGAUGCCCAAUCGUGGUAUGGGCGGAAACCAAGCUAUGCUUGACGCCAAGGUUAUUCUGCCCUUCCUCGAGCGACUCAACCACCUUGCAAAGACAACGGGUGCUGUUUCCGAAGAGGCUAUUGGAGCAGCAUGCGCCGAGUACGAGCGGGAAAUGAUACCUCGCGCCUUUGAAUGGGUCGAGUCGAGCGGAGGCACCAAACCCAUCCCAUUUGAUACCAAUUCAUUCUUUGGCUGGAUAUCGGUAUGGUGCCUCAUUUUCGGCUUUCAAAUUAAAGACAUGUUGAACGCGCUGUUUGGAAAGUCUUGA